CGGCGGGCUGGAGGCCGGCGUCGGGGAAGGUCCGGGGCCCGACUCCUCGCCAGGUGCCGACGGGGCCGCCCCGCCGCCGCCUCUCAGCGCGCGACGCCAGGGCUGCAGGUUCCAGACGCUUGUGCGGCGCCAGGCUACCAGUGAGACCCCCAGGAGACUGGACCCCAUGGCUUCCUGGAGCAGCCCCUGGUGGCUGCUGAGAUGGAUGGUCUUCAUGCACUCUGCCCUCCUGCAGACCACAACAGAGAAGUCUCCAGGGGCCUACUUCCUUCCCGAGUUUGCACUCUCCCCCCAGGGAAGUUUUCUGGAAGAUACCACCGGGGAGCAGUUCCUCACAUAUCGCUAUGACGACCAGACCUCAAGAAACACUCAUUCAGAUGAAGUCAAAGACGGCAACUGGGACGCCUGGGGAAACUGGAGUGACUGCUCCCGGACCUGUGGGGGGGGAGCGUCCUACUCCCUGCGGAGGUGUUUGACCGGCAGGAAUUGUGAAGGACAGAAUAUUCGAUACAAGACGUGCAGCAAUCAUGACUGCCCUCCCGAUGCAGAGGAUUUCAGGGCUCAGCAGUGCUCGGCCUACAAUGACGUCCAGUAUCAGGGGCGUUACUACGAGUGGCUUCCACGAUACAAUGAUCCCACUGCCCCCUGCGCACUCAAGUGUCAUGCACGCGGACAAAACUUGGUCGUGGAGCUGGCACCCAAGGUCCUGGACGGAACUCGUUGCAACACUGACUCCUUGGACAUGUGUAUCAGUGGCAUUUGUCAGGUGGUGGGCUGUGACCGGCACCUGGGCAGUCGCACCAAAGAAGACAACUGUGGCAUCUGUGCUGGCGACGGCUCCACCUGCAGGCUUGUGCGGGGACAAUCGAAGUCACACGUUUCUCCUGAAAAAAGGGAAGAAAAUGUAAUUGCUGUUCCUUUGGGAAGUCGAAGUGUGAGAAUUACAGUGAAAGGACCUGCACAUCUCUUUAUUGAAUCAAAAACACUUCAAGGAAACAAAGGAGAACACAGCUUUAACAGCCCUGGAGUUUUUGUUGUAGAAAAUACAACAGUUGAAUUUCAGAGAGGCUCGGAGAGGCAAACCUUUAAGAUCCCAGGACCUCUAAUGGCUGAUUUCAUCUUCAAGACCAGGUACACAGCAGCCAAGGACAGCGUGGUCCAGUUCUUCUUUUACCAGCCCAUCAGUCAUCAGUGGAGACAAACCGACUUCUUCCCCUGCACUGUGACGUGUGGAGGAGGUUAUCAGCUCAAUUCGGCCGAAUGCGUGGAUAUCCGCUUGAAGAGGGUGGUUCCCGACCACUACUGCCAUUACUACCCGGAAAACGUAAAACCGAAACCCAAACUGAAAGAGUGCAGCAUGGACCCUUGUCCAUCUAGUGAUGGAUUUAAAGAGAUCAUGCCCUAUGACCACUUCCAACCUCUCCCUCGCUGGGAACAUAAUCCUUGGACGGCGUGUUCGGUGUCCUGUGGAGGUGGAAUUCAGAGGCGGAGCUUCGUGUGUGUUGAGGAAUCCAUGCACGGAGAGAUACUGCAGGUGGAAGAGUGGAAGUGCAUGUACGCGCCCAAACCCAAAGUCAUGCAGACCUGCAAUCUCUUCGAUUGCCCCAAGUGGAUCGCCAUGGACUGGUCUCAGUGCACGGUGACAUGUGGCCGAGGGCUGCGUUACCGCGUGGUGUUGUGUAUCAACCAUCGUGGGCAGCACGUUGGCGGUUGCAACCCGCAACUGAAGUUACACAUCAAAGAAGAGUGUAUCAUUCCCAUCCCGUGUUAUAAACCCAAAGAAAAAAGCCCAGUGGAAGCUAAAUUACCUUGGUUGAAGCAAGCACAAGAACUAGAAGAGACCAGAAUAGCAACAGAAGAACCAACGUUCAUUCCGGAGCCCUGGUCAGCCUGCAGUGCCACGUGCGGGCCGGGCAUUCAGGUCCGAGAGGUCAAGUGCCGCGUGCUCCUUACCUUCACUCAGACGGAGACCGAGCUGCCCGAGGAGGAGUGUGACGGCCCCACGCUGCCCACCGAGCGCCCUUGCCUCCUCCAGGCCUGUGCCGAGAGCCCGGCCUCCCUGGAGCUGGACGCCCCCCUGUACAAGAAGGACAGCGAAAUGACCUACGACUGGGAGUACGCGGGGUUCACGCCCUGCACGGCGACAUGUUUGGGAGGCCAUCAAGAAGCCAUAGCAGUGUGCUUACACAUCCAGACCCAGCAGACAGUCAAUGACACCCUGUGUGACACCACCCACCGUCCUCCAGCCAUGAGCCAGGCUUGUAACACGGAACCCUGCCCGCCCAGGUGGCACACGGGCUCUUGGGGGCCGUGCUCAGCUACCUGUGGUGUUGGAAUCCAGACCCGAGAUGUGUACUGCCUACAGCCCGGGGAGCCGCCUGCCCCUGCCGAGGAAUGCAGAGAUGAAAAGCCCCACGCCUUACAAGCCUGCAAUCAGUUUGAUUGCCCUCCUAGCUGGCACAUUGAAGAAUGGCAGCAGUGUUCCAGGACGUGUGGUGGGGGAACUCAGAAUCGCAGAGUCACCUGUCGGCAGCUGUUAACAGAUGGCAGUUUUCUGAAUCUCUCAGAUGAAUUGUGCCAAGGACCCAAGGCAUCUUCUCAUAAGUCCUGUGCCAGAACAGACUGCCCUCCACAUUUAACCGUGGGAGACUGGUCGAAGUGCUCUGUCAGCUGUGGUGUUGGAACCCAGAGAAGAAAGCAGGUGUGUCAAAGGCUGACGGCCAAAGGCCGGCGGAUGCCCCUCAGCGAGACCAUGUGCAGGGAUCUUCCGGGCCCCUCUCUCGUAAGAGCAUGCAGGAUGCCCGAGUGCCGCAAAAUGAAGCCAGAGACGAAGACAAAACCUGGCGAGCAGGGUCCUCAGAUCCUGGGUGUCCAGAGUGUCUACAUCCAGACCAGGGAGGAGAAGCGUAUUAACCUGACCAUCGGUAGCAGGGCCUAUUUACUGCCCAACACAUCCGUGAUUAUUAAAUGUCCCGUGCGACGAUUCCAGAAAUCCCUGAUCCAGUGGGAGAAGGACGGCCGCUGUCUGCAGAACUCCAAACGACUGGGCAUCACCAAGUCGGGCUCCCUGAAGAUUCACAGUCUCGCAGCCCCCGACAGCGGCGAGUACCGGUGCAUCGCGGGCUCUGCCCAGGAAACCAUCGUUCUCAAGCUCAUUGGAACGGACAACCGGCUCAUCGCGCUCCCAGCCCCCGGAGAGCGCUCCAGGGAACAUCCAGGCAUGGACCCCAAGGACGCGGACAGUGUGGGAGCCACGUGGCAUAAAAUGAGGCAUAUGUGGACAAACCAAAAUGAGCUUUACCUGGACGAUGGCCAAAUGAACAACCAGCCUUUCCUGAGAGCUCUGUUGGGCCACUGCCGCAGUUCUGCAGGCAACCCCAGCUCCUGGGAAUUGAAGAACAAGCAGUUCGAAGCAGCAGUUAAACAGGGAGCAUAUAGCAUGGACACGGCCCAGUUUGACGAGCUGAUUAGAAACAUGAGUCAGCUCAUGGAGAACGGAGAGGUCAGUGACGACCUCGCGUCCCAGAUGAUAUAUCAGCUGGUGGCUGGGUUAGCCAAGGCACAGCCGGGACCCACACAAUGGAGGGGCAUCCAGGGGGAAGAGCCUCCCGCAGCUCAGCUAAGAGGAGAGACAGGAAGUGUGCCCCAAGGCUCCCGUGCCAAAAACUCAGGCAAGCUGACAUUCAAGCCCAAGGGACCAGUUCUCGUGAGGCAGAGCCAACCCACCUCGAUUUCAUUCAAUAAAACAGUCAAUUCAAGGAUUGGCAACACGGUAUACAUUACAAAGAGGACGGUGGUCGUCCACAUCCUGUGUGAGCUGACCACCCCCGGUGAGGCCACAUACACGUGGACCAAGGACGGAGCAGCUUUACAACCCUCAGAUAAGAUACAGUGGUCUGGAACGGGGAAAAUACAGAUACGAAACCCUACAAAGAAAGAACAAGGACUGUAUGAGUGCUCUGUGGCCAAUCAUCUCGGUUCCGAUGUAGAACGCUCUUCUGUGCUGUAUGCAGAGGCGCCCGUCAUCUUGUCCGUGGAAAGAAACAUCACCGGACCAGAGCAGCACCUAUCUGUCGUGGUUGGAGGCACUGUGGAGGCAGCCGUGAGAGCAAAUGUGACCAUCCAGUGUCCUGUAGCAGGUGUCCCUCAGCCUACGGUAACUUGGGUGAAGAGAGGAGGACCUCUGAGUGACAAUAUUUCCUUGCUUUUCAAUGGAUCCCUGUUGUUGCAGAACAUUUCCCUUGCAAACGAAGGAACCUAUGUCUGCACAGCCACCAAUGCUCUUGGAAAGGCAAUGGCAGCGUCCACGCUGCACUUGCUCGAACAAAGACGGUCAGAUAGUAAAACUGUAUUUCCCAAGGACCAUAAAAAGCAUAUGCGCCAGGCAUCCAACAUUGGAACCAACAGCAGUGACCCGACAGGAAAAGCCCUGCCACCAGAGCCUUUUUGGAACCUUGGUAACUGGACACACUGCUCUGCCACCUGUGGCCCUUUGGGAGCCCGAGUCCAGAGACCCCAGUGUGUGACAGCCAAUGGACAGGAAGUGAGCGAGGCCCUCUGCAGUCACCUCCAGAAGCCGCUGGCUGGGUUCCAGCCCUGUCACAUCCGGGACUGCCCCUCAAGGUGGCUCACAGGCGCGUGGUCAGAGUGCUCUACGUCUUGCGGUGAAGGGUUCCACAGUCGGCAGGUGACAUGCAAGCGUACAAGAGCCAGCGGCGUGGCACAGGUGAUGCCUCCAACAGCCUGUGCCCCCCAAAACAGGCCUCUGGGAAGAAGACCUUGUUCCAGCCGUCCGUGUGUCCCAUGGGUCGUGGAACCAGGGGGCCAGUGUCCCGGACGUUGCCUGGGUCGCUCUCUGAGGAUACAGCAGCCCCGUGUCAUUUGUCACCACAACAGCUCCGAUGCAGGCUGCGAUGACAGAAGGAGAGCCGCCUCCAAGAGGAACUGCUCGUCAGGCGCCUGUGAUGUGUGUUGGCGCACGGGCCCGUGGAGGCCCUGUACGGCGGCCUGUGGCAGGGGCUUCCAGUCCCGGAAGGUGGACUGUGUCCACACAAGGAGCUGCACACCGGUGGCCGAGAGACACUGUGUGCAGAGAAAGAAACCGUCUUCCUGGCGGCACUGUGUGGGGCCUUCCUGUGAUAGAGACUGCACAGACACAACUCACUACUGUAAGGUUGUAAAGCAUCUGAAUCUGUGUUCGUUAGACCUCUACAAACAAAGGUGCUGCCAGUCGUGUCAAGAAGGAUAAACCUUGGGAGUGGUUAUAAUGCUGCUGUGAAGAUAAAAUGGAAAUGUAAAAGCUCCUUUCCCCCGUAGCUGGUCCAAAAUCAUGUACUUCUUCAAAAACUCUAGAUUCUGCGGUCAAACAGAGGUCGAGGCGAAAUCACCGCUGUUAAGAUUUGGUACUGUUGUUUUCCCAUGGACAGUUUUUAAUGCCACCUCUUUGAAAUGAUGUCUUCCAGGACUAACAAAAGCACCCUAGCAGGCACGCCAUGGCACUUGGGACCUCAGCAUGCCCUUCGAAUCAGGACGUCACCAAAAUCACCAGUAUGUUGUCACGUGCUGCUGCUCCCUGUGAGGUGUAGAGUAGGUUAGAGCAGGACAUCCUGAAGACGUGGGAAGCACGGCCCCUGGUGACGUCCUCUUCUGUCAAGUAGUAGGGUUUCUACAGGUUUAUAAGGCAUUUACAUUUUAGAAGCUCUGGCCCGUCGUCGUUCAUAUAUCGGGGCUAACAGCAUAGUAUGGAUCCUUCAGUUUAGUCUGUGUAAAAGAGGUGGUCACUCUAACAGGCUUGUAACACUCACUGGCCCAAGAUUCCUGGCCGGGGGUGUGGGGGCGGGGGUGGUGGCAUCUGGUCCUUGCCCUUAGAGAGCCUGUGGACGAAAACGCAGAGUAAAUGUCACUGCCAUUUUCACAACCAUGGAAAUUGAUCUGUGACCAAAUGAGAUACCUUGGAAAUCAAAGGAGAGGGAAAGUUAACCUUUUCUACUGAUUUUGAAGUAUAUUCAACGCUUUAAGAGCUGUGAAUGACACUUUUUCUGAACACUAUUUUCUUGCACGCAAGCAGCAAGUCAAAGCCUUAUUAGACCUAACUUAUUCAUACAAUUGUGUUCCUGGGGAUUUUUUUAUUUUGGAAAAAAUAUAAGAAAGUCAUCUAACGAUGAAACACGAUAGCCGGCAAGACUUGUUUCAUAGUGAAGAAUUGUUUUGAUUUGAACUGAUUUUUCAGGAAACCCAAAGUGAGUUAGGGUUAGGUUGGAAGUUACCGUGAGAACAAGGGUUAGGGUUUGGUGAGUAUGUUUAAGGCUCGUGUUAGCUGUGGGAUUGGGUUAGGUGAGAGUGGAAGUGAAGUUAGGGUUAAGGCUGGAGCUGGCUUUGGGAGUUAGGAUUAGGGCCAGGUUAGGUCCCAGUUGGAUUGGGUUUCGACUGGGGCCAAUACUAAUGACAGUGACAGUGUCAGGAUGGAGAUGAAGUUUGGAGCACCUGUCGCUGGUGAAGCAGCUUGGGGCUGGUAUGAAACUGGACGUUCUAAUGCUGGUUUGGGUCUGGGGCGCUUUCCCUUACGUUCUACCGGUUACGGCUUUAGAUGUCACACAACCCGAAAUAAGCGGUCUCACUUCUUCCUUCAGUGUCCCAGCGGCCUAUACCCAGGCUGCCCACCGCCUGUUGGCAACACAGUUACCUGUAGCAGGUGUUGCUGGACCUCGUCCCCGGCCACUCCUAAGGGAACAGUGCGUUUGGCUUUGGAUUUGUCUGUGGACAAGCUUGCUGGGUCUCUCCACCGUAUUCUGAGCGCCAGGUCUCCUGUGUCACUUCAGCCUCAGUGACGCUGGGAUGAGCGGUACUGUUAGUGGAGGGGUGGUGGCUGGGAGUGGACGGGGGAAUGUGACGAGGACACCAGCCCGUGAGUUCCUGAUCAUCAGUCAUCACUUGAUUGCUGGCGGUUUUUAAAUGAAAGGAACAAUCAUUUGUAACAUACUCUUUGUACAUACUUUACAUGACUUAAAAGUGCAAUAUUUUAUUUUGUACAGUAUGUAAUAAAGACAUGGGGCAUAUAUUUUUUUCUGAUUAACAAAGUUUCUUUUUAAAUCGAUUCACCCUUGUAUUUAAAGUUGCUAUUUUUCAUUUGCUAGUGUACUUUUUUUGCCUUCUCACUCAAAUGACAUUCCUGUGUACUGUAUUUUACUACUGUUUCUAUAACAUAAGAGUAAUGUUUCUCUUUCGUGACCCUUAAGUAAUUCAGAAAUAAAUUUACUUUGAUUAUUCAGUGGCAUCCUUAUAAAUGCAGGUGGCUUCUUUGUGUUGUGUUUUUGGCAGCCUUGGGUCUUGUCACCUUGUCUGUCUCCUUGUGAGUCCAGGAGCAACCCUGACGGGUCUGAUGUCUGGACUGUCCUUUGGAGUGUGGGUGACAAGAUUCAGGGCAGAUCACACAGAGAUUCCGCCGUCUCCCUUAUCCCCAUCAUUUACAUCCUGUGAUUCAGAGCU